AGAAGACGAAACCUCCCCUAGCCCUAAAAUCGAAGUCCGUAGUGACGUCCGUGUAAACCCCGUGCAGCGUUGUUAUUAAAUCCAAAAUGGCGUAGUAAUAACCCAGAUAUGAAAGUAGAGUCUAAUAUACAAUUUCCAAGAAGAUUUCAACACGUAAUGAAUGGAUUAUGACUUUUAGAUCAAUGUUUGUGCAUAGUUAAACAAGGAGAUGACGGACACUCGUAGGCGCGUAAAACUCUACGCGCUCAAUGCGGAUAGGCAAUGGGAUGACCGUGGGACAGGUCAUGUCUCAUCUUCAUAUGUUGACAGACUUAAAGGAAUUUCGUUACUUGUUAGGGCAGAAUCUGAUGGUUCGCUCCUCCUGGAGUCCAAAAUUCAGCCGGACACUGCCUACCAAAAACAACAGGACACAUUAAUUGUCUGGUCAGAAGGUGAUAAUUUUGACCUUGCCCUCAGUUUUCAAGAGAAGGCAGGCUGUGAUGAAAUCUGGGAAAAAAUCUGUCAGGUUCAGGGGAAAGAUCCUUCCGUUGAAAUAACACAGGACAUAGUAGAAGAAAGUGAAGAUGAGCGGUUCGAUGAAAUGUCUGAUUCUGCUCCUCCAAUUGACCUUCCUCCUUGUGAGCUUAGCAGAUUGGAAGAAAUAAAUGAGGUUGUUAGCAGCUGUCUCACAUCCCCCAUGAGGAAAGAAAAGCUGUCCGUUGCAAUUGAAACGGAAGGGUACAUCCGUAAACUGCUCAAUCUAUUCCAUAUGUGCGAAGAUCUUGAUAACAUUGAGGGGCUGCACUAUUUGUAUGAAGUGUUCAAGAACAUAUUUCUUCUGAACAAGAAUGCUUUGUUUGAAGUUAUGUUUGGAGACGAUUCUAUAUUUGAUGUCGUAGGAUGUCUUGAGUACGAUCCUUCAUCACCUACACCAAAAAAACAUAGAGAGUACCUGAAAGAACUGGCCAGGUUUAAAGAAGUAAUUCCUAUCUCAAAUGCUGAUCUCUUAGCAAAAAUUCACCAAACGUAUAGAGUACAAUACAUUCAAGAUGUAGUGCUCCCAACACCAUCAGUCUUUGAAGACAAUAUGUUUUCAACAUUAUCAAGUUUCAUAUUUUUCAAUAAGGUUGAAAUAGUUACAUUGAUUCAGGAUGAUGAAAAAUUUCUCACUGAGCUUUUUGGCCAUCUUACUGAUGAGUCAACAGAGGAAUCAAAGAGACGUGACUUAGUACUUUUCUUGAAAGAGUUUUGCAACUUUUCUCAAAACCUUCAACCACAGGGAAAAGAAUUAUUCUACAAGACACUCACUUCUCUAGGAAUUCUUUCUGCUUUAGAAAUUACAUUGACUUCCGAUGAUACACAAACAAAGUCAGCAUCAAUAGAUAUUUUAACAUAUAUUGUUGAAUUCAACCCUUCUUUUGUAAGGGACUACACCUUGCAGCAGGCUAAUUCUACAGAUGAGGAUCAAAUGUUGCUGAAUGUUCUCAUAGACCAGAUGAUCUGUGACACUGACUCUGAAUUGGGUGGUGCUGUCCAGCUCAUGGGGGUGUUGAGAAUCCUCCUUGACCCAGAAAAUAUGAUGGCAUCUCUCAAUAAAUCAGAGAAGACAGAUUUCUUGAACUAUUUCUACAAGCACAGUGUCAAUAUAUUGAUUGGUCCUCUUCUUACCAACACUCUUUCAGAUUGGCCUGCUAAAGAAGAUUACCAGACCGUGCAGCUACUAGGACUUAUUCUCGAGUUGCUCUCAUUUUGUGUUGAGCACCACACCUACCACAUAAAGAAUUGCAUUCUUUCAAAAGAUCUACUUAGAAGAAUCCUUGUUCUUAUGAAAUCUACUCACACAUUUUUGGUGCUUUGUUCAUUGAGAUUUAUGAGAAAAAUAAUAGCCCUGAAGGACGAAUUCUACAAUCGUUAUAUCACAAAGGGUAAUCUUUUUGCCCCUGUAAUUGAUGCUUUUAUUAGGAACAAUGGCAGAUACAAUUUAUUGGAUUCUGCAAUUCUUGAGAUGUUUGAGUUCAUCAAACUGGAGGAUAUCAAGACGUUGUGUAUUCAUGUAGUAGAGAAUUUUAGUAAAGUUUUGGAUGAUAUUGACUACGUGCAAACAUUCAAGUCUCUAAAGAUGAGGUACGACCAACACCUUGAUAAGUUAAAGGAUCGAGAUCGGCCGUCCUUAGAUAGUGUGCCCUCAAUUCUGAGAAACAAUCGAUACCGCCGAGACCAGCGGCAGCUGGAAGAGGAGGAAGAAAUGUGGUUUAAUGAAGAAGAAGACUUUGAGGAGGAUUCAGUUGUACCAGGCCCAGAUGCAGAUAUUCUUACCAAAAAAUUGGACUCUGACCUCAAUUCUACUCUUGCUAAACUUGUGGACAAAAAGAACGAGGCGAAUCCGAGCAAACUUACAACCAGCCCAAGCAAGGCUAUGAACAAUAACAUGAGCAUGACUAAUUCAGUAAGCAGCUCCCCUCUAAAUGCUUCUCCUUCAGACAAGUUCAAAAAGGGACUGGUUGACUAUGAAGGAGAUUCUGACGAUGAAGAUGAAGAUGACAGCAAUGGUGAUUUAUUGACUCCUGUACAUAAACGUGCACGUCUCUCAUGAUGGACAUUGUACAUCAUCUGAAACUGAUUUAUGAAAUAGUGUCUGAGUGUGUGUGUGUUUCAGUGCGCUGGCAUGUGCACUCUGCCAUGAGCUGGAUUGUCGAUGAUUCAUGUUUCUGAUUCUUAAUGUAAUGUAAAUUAACAUUAAAUACGAGUUGGAGUGUAACUGCACUGGACCAGUGGCAUUAGAGAAGGAAGUCCUCAAACCUCAAACCAACUGUCUAUGGCGAUGAACUUCAAAGAAGAAUGAGUAAAAUUGUAAACACCGCAAUUUAUUUUGAAUUCUGUUUUGCAAUUUUGACAAAUCAUUGUUAACUACAUAAUCAGAUUUGCUCAAAUUAAUUUAAAAUUCCUUAUUGCCCUCUUGGCAUUGUACUUUUCUUUGCCUGAAAUUGCUGCCUUCUGGAUUGUUUUUUAAAAUGAAGCUCUUUUAAACAUAAUUGGACUUGUUGGUUGUGAAACAUUUCCUAUCACUCCAAUCACCUCUAUUCUCAGAACCUGUUACCCAUUUAUAAUAUUCCCUCGGUCUGUUCACCUAGUGUGCCAGUGAUAGAAUAUGGUGUGAUUUAAGGUGGAUUGGCAUUUGAUGAGUUGGGAGGAGUGAGGGAAACCAUCAGAUUUCCCUGUUAAAAUGACCCACACAUCAGUCCAUCAGUUAGCUCAUUCAGAGGCACAUCUAUGAAGUGCAUGCUUUAUUUUGCUUGUACGACAUGUUCAGAAGUUCUGAUUGUUUCCCAGGACAGAGGCACUGGAAAAAGUAACUCCUAGCAACUUAAAUGUAGAUGUCAAGGAACAGAAGACUGGUUUGUGUACUGUAGAUUCACCUUUCACCAAUUAAUUUUCUGCUAUUGACAGCCUCUGGUUUUGCUUAAAACCAGAAGCUUCCUAGGUGAUGCGUGCUUGUUUCGUAUACUGUAUUACAAAGUAUCCUGUUAAUUCACUUGUAUUUAGUUCUUUCUGUCUUUUGUAUAUUACAUACUGUUAAUUGAAUAGGAUCAUGCUUAUUUUUAUAAAUGUUUAAUGUUAUUAGCUGUUGGUGAGUGAACCAAACCUACAUGGAAUAAUCAUUCCAAAGUUGAUUAUACCAAUGUUGCCAAUGGUGGCAUUUUGAAGACUUAUUAUGAAAGUCAUCUUUCUGAAUGGAGUUGUUUACUUCCCUUUCUUUCGUUUACAGCCAUUUGGAGUUCAAAUUAGACGUUCAUUUAUCGUAUAUUUGUGAAGUAAGACUACCUGUGGCCCAACUCCAAUUUUUAAUGAACUCUAAUUGGUAGUCAAGUUCUGACUUUCAAGUGGCCGUAAAUUUAUGCCUGUAUGGUACUUUCAUAAUGAAGUUGUUCUUACUUUUUUCACUUACAGCCUCUCAUUUCUUGUCUGGGUUUCCUUUCUUGAAGAUUGUCAUGAAAAUCAAAGCUUCAGUUGAGAUCCUCAUCUUUCAUGGGGCUCUUUAGUGAUAAUGUGGCUUUUGAUCCAUGAUCAGUUUUUCAAUGUAAUUGGAUUUUACACCUUCUGCAAGUGAAUUACAGCCUACAAGUAUGGUAUACCCUGUGCCCACGCUUAUUCAGGCACCCAGUACAGAUAUUAUUUGUGGGACUGAUUUGGUAUGUUCGGAAAAAAAACACUUGCUUUUCGUUUUUUCCUCAAAAAAAAUUUAUUUUGCAUGUAUUUGGUAUUUUUUUGUCAUCAUCUAUGACAUGCUCUGGCGCCUGUCCACGUUGACCUUUCAUUUUUCAUUAGUAUUUCCUUAAGGUCCUUAAAGUUUAUUGACAAGCCUCUUUUUGUGGGCCACAAUUUUAUUUUAUCUUUCUAUUCAAUUAAUUGUAUCUUUACAGACUUGUUAUAUCGGUCUGUUAUUUGGCUCCUUGAAUUUUAUUUUUUUAAAGGACCUGUAGAUUUUCCAUUUUUAUUAUUUAUUUAUUUAAAGCAUGUAUUUCUCUUUGUUACUUGUGAAAUAUGUUUCAUUUUGUUUCCUUUGUUUAAGUUUUUGUCAACAUGCCACAGCAGUCUUGCAUUAAAGUGUGCCAAAAUCAUGGAGUCCAGUACAAAUGCCUGAAUAAGCUGUUGGAAGUGGAUUUUGUGCAAUCAGCAGCUUGUACAUGUACUUUGUCAUUAUUUUGUACAGCUGUGGAAGGUCAAGGUAUUCAAUUCACCCCAGAGUGACUGCUGUCAUGCUGUACAAAGUUUUCAUGACCUGCGAAAGUUUAAAUGUGAUGGUGUCAAGGAAGUUGAGGUAUUUUAUUCUAAUUGUAACAAUUUGGAGCAACCCUUUAUGAUUCGUUUGGUGUAUAUAGUAUGAACAAGUCUCAACUCAUUUGUAUAGUUUUUAGAAUGCACACAGCUGUACAAAGUGAUAAGUUAAGGGUGUCUGCAGGAAUGAAGCAAUUUUAAAGUUUACGACUGCUCCUACUACAAAUGUGCAAAUUUAUUUUGCCUCUUUUUAAAAAAGGAAUUGAAACAAUUAUUUAAUUUAUUUGUUUUGUUUUAUGAAAGUAGCUCUCUUACCUCUCUUUUCUCCUCAUUUUGAUGUAGCUCAGAGCUCUAUAUUAUCAAAUAUGCCUAAAAUCUUCACUUUAGAUGUUAAUUAGUCCUUUUUUUUUUAAAUGAAAUCAGGAUUUUGUUUCAUUUUUCCACUUUGUAGACACCCUGUACAGGCAUUGAAGGCUCUCCAUCUGGGUUGUGCUGUGUUGUGUGAAUGUUUUAGUGUAAUAAUAAUAAAACUAACUUAUAAGUGAAAAGUUGAUGUUAUUCUUUUUUUAUAGUAGAAAUGACAUUACAUGUGUUGGCCAGAUUGUUUCUAACCUGUUUCCUGCAUAUCAACAGGUGUUCGAAUCAAAUUUCCUUCUGUCUUACCAUGCUAUCUGAUGUUAUUUCAUCAUUUGAGUCUGGAUGUUAAGGUUAAUGGAAUAUUCUUUCAGGCUCUUGCAUCUUAUAGUUUGACAAUUCUUUAUUGUGUUCAGCCUUGGUUAGUUUUCAGGUAUUUUACGAUUGGUCCUUGAAUGUAAGGGAGAACGCUAUAUUUUCUUGAGAAGGAUUCGGGGUAGAAGUUGUCCUUUAUUUUGGAAGUGCAUAUUCAUGUAUUUAUAAGAUGCUAUCAAGUUCCUCUUUUUCUAUCGCGUCAUCAAUGCAAGCUUUGAUGAAAUCGGAGUCAUUGUUAGGUCUAUUGCUCCAGGGGCAAACGUUGCUUUGACUGACUACAGUUUCUUCUUCUUUUAAUUGCACUGAAAUGUUUGUGUAUUGUACUAGUACAAUGAACCUGCUGCAUCAGGUGCCAGGUGCCAUGGGAACAGGUUGCAAUAACUUGUAUGGCGGAUCGAAAUUAUGAACCCUAAUGACUACCACCGGGCCUUCCAAGCACCAGCUUUGUGCUUGAUCUAGUUCUACCUUAGAAAUCUAGCAACCCUCUUUUACUUUAAGAUUUCUGUGAUACUUUUAUUUUAGUAUCAACAUGUGGUGAGGUCAAAGUCCUAGUGUUGAACUCCCAAAGAACUUUUCGCUUGUAUCUGUUUACUUUCAAUUGCUGCUAGGAAGUUCUCCAUGGAACAGACGCCAGAGAAUAUCAUAUAAUGACUUCAUUCGACCAAGUUGAUUGUCACCCUGAGAAAGUUUUUUUUCCAAGGGUUUUUAGGGGGUACAAUUUUUGACAUGAUAUUGCAAUUAUGUUUUGUGAUUUUCUUCUCUCCCUGGUCUUUCUGCAUAUGUGCUUCCAAUAAUGGCCUUCAGAGAAACAUGGACAUUCUAUUUCAUGUAUGAUCAGCAUGUCAAUUGAAAGCAUGGUGUCCCUCAAAGAAACAAGAGAACUUGUUUUUCAUCAAUAAAGAGUGUUCUCCAUUUCAAAGUGGUAUGUUCAGUAAAAGUCUGGUAGAAAGAGAGAUGUGUGUCUGUUUAGGUAAUUUGGGGUUUUGAUAAAAUUUUGACAUUUAUUAAUGACCAUGUUUCUUCCAAGCUGAAAUGUUUUUUGUUUUCUUUUUAAUGUCUGUUCAUUUUUGGUUUCUUUCCAUAUGGCUCUUUGUGUAUGGACAAUUUUCUUAAAAUGAAUUGGACUUGGUUUAAAUUAUAAUCAUCCAUAGAGCUUGGUUAAGUAACCAUAAGUACAUUCACUCACGUAGUAAAUGGCCUGAAUACAAGGAAGGGCGGUAAGGGGAAUUGUGGGAAAAUGAUACUGAAGCAAAUGUACAAAUUUGUAGGCUGACAAAAUAAAACAUUUGGCAUGUAACCAA